UGAAGAAUGAUAUUAUCCCACCAAUUUAAAAAGUUUUUUUAAAGAUAAACUUUGACAUAAAUGACUAUCAGAGAGCAGCUAACACAUUUAAAUGCAAGAAAUAUUUAAAUAAAAAAAAAAUUAGUAAACGUAUAAAACCUUAUACAAAUAUAAAGGAUAUAAAACCUCAAAAACGUUUAACAACUAAAUUUGUUAGUAAACAACUAAAUUUUGGUCAGCAAACACAUUUCCAUUACUGGUACUAAAAUGGUUGCGCUGGAUAACUUGAUAUUAAUUUUAAAUUUUCUUGUGGCCUCUUUUGUUCAAGGAAAUGCCUUACAGUGCUGGCAAUGUAGUUCAAAAACGGAAGGACAUGAAGAAUUUUGUGGUGAAAAAUUAAUACAAAAUAAAAUUUCAGAAAAGCUAGAAAAAACUGGUCUGCUAACACAAAACUGUUCAAAAUUUGAGACUCAUGGUCAUAAUACAGAUGAAACACAAAAUUUAAUAGCUGUGUGUCGGAAAAAAAUCUUAAAAGUAAAUGAAGAAACCAUUUAUCAGCGACAUUGUGAUUUUGUUGAUAAACGUGCUAAAGAAUCAACCUGCAAAAGAGAAAAAAUUGCCGAAAAUUCUAGAAUUAUCGAUUGUGAAGAUUGUACAACAGAUUAUUGCAAUAACAGCAACAGUAUUAUUCCAAGUUUAUUGCCAUAUAUUGUUUCAAUUUUGAUAGCUAAAUUUCUCAGCAAUUAAGUCACGUUCAAUUAUACAACAAUCAUAAUAAAAGAACUACGGAUCCUAUAUGUAAUUAAAAUUAAAUUUUAAUUACAUAUUAAAAUUAUUUUUUUUUUUUUUUUUUUUUUUAUUGCAGGGGUGAACAAAUCUAAAAUAUUGCCAAAAUCUCAGAUUCGCCGGGUUUUUUAUGAAUUCUUUGAUCAAAAAUUUUGCUAUGCUACACAAGUAACAUAAUAGUAAUACAUUAUUUUUUAUAUGACGAAUAGUUAAAGAACCAUUUGCAUAAUUCACCAAAUGGUAGUCACUAUAUUUUUCACAGAUGAUAUGAAAAUGAUGUGUUAACAACAAACUAUCAAAAUGAUGUUAUAUAACUAACUCAAAAUUUUUAAGCUUUUAGUGAGUAAUAAUUAUAUAUCUAUAUAUAGAAAAUAUUGUUACUUACUAAAAGCUUAACUAUAAUAUAUCUAAGUCUUAUAAUCUUAACUAAGAAACUGUAAUAUAUCUAUAUAUAUAUAUAGAAAUUUUCUAGUGAGAAGAAUUAUUCCGUAUUGCAUACCACGUUUUUUUCUAAAAUGCAUAUAAAAUUUACACAGUUACAGUUUCAGUCGAUAACUUGAGAAUAAAUGCAAAAGUCCAAUUGAAAAAAUAAGUAGUCUUAUUUGAAAAUGAAAUAUCAAUUAGAAAAACGGAAAAUUCUAAUUUAAAAGUCGAUAAAAAGUGAGAUUAAAAAGCGAGAUGACAUGAUUAGACUAUUAGUGUAAUCAAAUAAGAUUUUAAACUUGGAAGUAGUAUACAUGAAAACGUAGGACUAUAAUGGACUAAGUGGACGUUUAAGUAAUUUGUUCUACUACAAGUGUUGUUUCACCCGCACUUGGACAUUAUUUACUUAUGUAUGUAUAUCAAAAUGAAUAGCACCAAAUAGUACUGACGCAAUUAUUUUAUUUUAUCUAAUACCUUAUUUAAAAACGUAUAUUUCAAAUUCUAUAUAUUCGGUUUAUUAUUACUUAAAAACGCAAAUAAAUACUUCUGUGACUAUUGAAAGAGGUCAUGUUAUUUAGAACAAAAAAAAUAUUGUAUAAUAUUUUUCCCGGAUUCCAUCAUGUUCAUUUAGAUUGUGAUUGAUUGAAACAAGCUUUGUUAAAUACUUUUUUUACACAACACCUUCGCCGAUUCCGAAAAUGUUUACAUCCGUAGUAGCUUAGUACAGUUACGAAAACUAAAUAAUUAAGUGAAAUGUAAGUUUAAUAUUUAUAUAUGUAUGUCAAAAUAUUUAGAUAAAUAUUUAAAAUACAUAUUUAAAAAAAUCAAAUAAAAUUUUGAUUGAGGUGACUUUAUGUAUAAAAAAUUUGAAACGAGGCUUGCAAAGAUUUAUAAAAGGAAUUGAAUUGCAAGUGAAAUAUA